AUGCCUUCCGAUUUGUCUUUAAAAUUUAACCACUUCAACAAAUGUGUGGAGCAUUGCUAUGUGGUAUAUGCCGACUUUGAAUGCUUGUUAUCGAAAAUAUCAACCACCCGCCCUGAUUCGAAUAGAUCUUUUACAUCGCCUAUCGAAAGACAUAUUCCUGUUAGCUAUGCUUUUAUAAUCGUGGCUAAUGAAAAUGAUUUAAUAUAUCAUUCCUAUUAUGCUGGAGAAAAAGUAAUUGAGAAAUUUUUUUCUGAGCUCAUGGCAAUUACUAGCAAACUUAUUGAUGAUAUGAUGCGAGUCAGUAAAAUUGAAGUAAAUGAUACCACUUCUUACAGUGAAUAUCGAUGCGUGUUUUGCCGUGAAUUUUUUGACGUAAAUUCCAUUCGAGUGCGACAUCAUUCUCAUGAUUCUAACCAUGUCAUUGGAUUGGCUCAUCAGCUUUGCAACUUGUUACACAAAAAAACUUUUUUCAUUCCUGUUGUCAUUCAUAAUUCGCAUGAUGACAACCGUAAUUUGCUUAAACGCAAAGGUGUUUUCCCCUACUCUUUUUUGGAUGAUAUUUCAAAACUGGAUGCUAAAACUUUUCCUUCAAAGGAUAAAUUUUUUAAUGUGCUCACUCAAAAACAUAUCAGUGACGAUGAUUAUUCGCAUGCUAAAUUAGUAUACAAUACCUUUGGCUGUGCUAGAUUUGAAAACUAUUUGAAAUUAUACCAGUUAAGUGAUUGCGUUUUGCUCUCAGAAAUUUUUACUAACUUUCGAAAAUUAAGUUUAAAUCACUACGGACUCGAUCCUGUUCACUAUAUAUCACUUAGCGAACUUACAUUUGAUGCUGGGCUCAAAAAAUGUAAAAUAGAGCUACAGUUGCUUUCUAAUGUUAAUGAUUAUUUAUUUUUCGAAAACCAGAUGAGAGGUGGAAUUUGCUUGGUGGGGAAACGAUAUGCAAAGGCUAAUAACCCAUACAUGUCUGAUAGUUACGAUAGCUCUGUUAAUCAUAGCUAUAUUUUAGCUUUAGACUGUGUUAAUCUCUAUGGUUUUGCCAUGAGUAUGCCGUUGCCAUACGCCAAUUUUUCUUGGAUGACACCCGAUGAAAUCCAAAGCUUUGAUAUAUUUGGAACAACACCUGAUUCGCCUCAAGGCUACAUACUUGAGGUUGAUUUGGAAAUUCCUACUUCUCUCCACGACGAACACAAUGAUUUGCCCAUGGCACCAGAGCAUUUAAAUAUUACCUACGAUCUGCUUUCGCCUUAUUCUAAACGCUUAUGCGAUCAAUACCAGUUAAAAAACACUUUACCUGGUUUGGUGUUAAGUGAAAUCCACCGGAUUCUGGUUUUCUCCCAAAAACCAUGGUUAAGGGAAUAUAUAGAUUUCAAUAACCAAAAACGUAACGAAAGUAGUGUAGUGACAGAAAAAUUAUUCUUUAAAAAAUUAAAUAACGCAUUUUUCGGUAAAACAAUGCAAAAUGUUCGGAAGAGAAUUAAUGUGCGUGGAGCUCUAACACGGGACACGAAUCAAAGGCUUCUUUCCAGCCCCAGUUUGGAUUAUUUUGAACCCAUUAACGAGAAUUUCACGUUAUUUAAAAUGCGCAAGCCAAAUUUGUAUUUGGAUAAACCAAUAUACAUCGGUUUUUGUGUUUUGGAGUUGUCCAAACUUAGGAUGUACGAUCUAUAUUAUACUCAUUUUAAAUCCUUUUACAAGAGUUCAUGUGAUUUAUUAUACAUGGAUACGGAUUCAUUGUACUUGCAUAUACAUACUAAUGAUGUAUAUUUUGACCUUCGAAAGCAUUUUGUUCAUGUUUUGGAUUUCAGUAAUUUUCCUGCAGAUCACUUUUUGUUUGAUGAAACAAAUCGGGGGAAACUUGGAACAUUGAAAAACGAAAUUUGUCGACCCAUUCGCGAAUUUAUUGGCAUAAAACCUAAAAUGUAUUCCGUGCUGUAUGGCGAGAAUGAAUGCAAAAAGGCAGCAAAAGGCGUUCGAUCAAGUACACUGGCUAACAUCACGCAUAUGACCUAUAAAUCCGUUUUGAUGGAAGAAUCAAAACUACGACAUAUGCAGUAUUGCAUUCUUUCAAAAAAACAUAUUUUGGAAACUGUCGUUCAAAAUAAAGUGUCUUUUACUGCCUAUUACGAUAAGAAAUUUGUUUGUGAAGAUGGCAUACAUACAUUGUCUUAUGGUCACAAAGAUAUUUAA